GGGGUACACACUAGUAGUCAGAGGGACUCACACCAGCUAAACAGCUUUAGCUUUACAGCGGUCAGAGGGAGUCACACCAGCUGAACAGCUUUAGCUUUACAGUCCAUUAAGCCUAAAAAAAUAAGCAUGCUUGCAACUAGUUGUAAAGCACAUGCCAUAUUAUAAUACCUGUCAGCAAAAGUGUUUUAUUCUGGGCAGAAGGAUGGCCGAGAUCGUGGUGUAAAGACGCCGAUCCAGACCGCCGUCGUCACCUCCACCAAACAGCCCAGGUCGGACCGUCUCAGUUAGGAACGUAGUCAGGAUCGGCCUGACUACAUGGAAACCUAAACAGGUAGGAAUUUAGAUAGGGCACCCGCAAGGCUUCCUCUCCUUCUUUCUCUCCACUUUGGACUUGUACAUGUCGUUCAAAGAUAGUGAACAACCCUUCAAUCUCGUCUAUCUUCAAACCAUUAUCAAAGAAGCCUUGCCCUUAUACCCUGCUGUACCACUCCUCGCACCCCAUGAAUCCACAGAAGACUGCACCGUAGGAAACUACCAUGAACUCCCCAAGACCACUUCCACUAAUCUGAGAUAUGAGGCGUUCCGAGAAGAAGAAGAAGAAGAAGCAAUCUGCAUCUUCCAGAACUAAUUGGUUUCAGAGUAAAACAUAAUGCCACCAACAAUGCUGGAGAGAUGUCUUCAUUAGUACUCUCAAGUCUCGACUGGUGGUUCUUCGGCAGGCUUCUUGCUUUCUGACCCAGGUGCGCGCUUCUUCUUCUUUGAUCAGGAUUGGCGUGUUAAUGUGCGCCCAGCUUUAGCACCAAGCAAAGUGACAAUCGAUCCCCACCCAGAAAAUUAUGAGAAUGAUUGAGAUGGAUGAUAGUAAACCCAGCUACUCCAAGUCCGUUGUUAUUGAGGAUUUAAGAAGUCACGCUUAACACAACCAACCUGAGUUAAUCAGACUCCUUGACCACAAGGGCACAACCUGCUGCCAAUUCCAAUAUUCCGUACAGUUGAACUUGCUUCCGAAGCUCAGGACUCUCGGUUUCAAAGCACUUGACUUUAUUAUGUACAACCUCACUCUUUCCUCUGCACUUCAGAGCAAAUUAAACAUCAAUCAAAAUCAGCUAUUCAAAUUGAAAGAGAUGAGCUGCCGUGGCUUUACAGUUCCGAAAUUUUUUAACGAAGUAGUUCUGCGGUAUCAGGACUUGAUGCCAAAACUGGUCCAAAACCCUUUAAAACAAGACCAUGACGCCCUCUGGGUGGUCUUCAUGCCCUCCUUCUCCUCAAAAUUUGAGUUUCAGAGGUUUGGAGAACUCGGUCAAUCAAACCGCGAAAGUCCAAAGGUAACGAAUUUCUGUCCUCUCUCUUAUUAACUGGGUUCCCUGCAUUACCAUAGUGGGCUCAGUUAGUUCACCAUGGUUAGGGAUUGUUGUAGAAAUUUCAUUCUGCUUUCUUGGGUUUUAUACUGGUGACCGUAUCUGACUUUACGGACCUGAAUUACGGCGUCGUUUUCUAUUGACAAAGUUGAUGAUCUUAGCUGUUUAAGUAGUUUAGGUGAUGCAAUGACUAUGGUUUAGAACAGAAGGCUGAAUUUGUAGAUAAGUUAGUGAUAGUGAAGUGAAGAGGGGACCUUAAUUAGGUACUGAGGGUUUGAUUGCAAGAAAUGAUAAAGGGUUGGUUCCGGAAUCGAAAGAUUGUUUGAAAGCCUUAUAAGUUUGUGAUAAGAGUAGAUGAAGAGAUGAAACAUUGGGGGGAAUUACCGAUUUCGUUGAAGUGAAAAGUUGCCUGUGGAAGCACUCAUUCUGCUUGCACUGACAGUGUGCAUAGUUUGCUCAAUAUUGUUGAUUUGGAGACUUAUACGAGAAUGGAUGGGAACAUGUUUAGUGAUGUGAAUGGCCAAUAUGAUCCAAAACCGGAAUUCCAUGUUUAUGAUAUAGUAUGGGGGAAAGUAAGGGGUUAUCCGUGGUGGCCUGGACGGAUAUGUGAUCCUUCAGCUUCAUCGAAUGAGGCAAAGAUGCUUUUCAGAAAGGGUAGUUAUUUGAUAGAUUAUUUUGGGGAUCACUCAUUUACUUGGAAUGAAGCACCACAUAUUAAGCCCUUUCUGGAUUAUUUCUCGCAAAUGGAGAAGCAGAGUAACAAGGACGAAUUCCAAAAUGCCAUUGCUUGUGCUCUGGACGAAUUCUUAAGACGGGUAGAGUUGGGGGUGGUCUGUUCUUGCAUAUCUGGAGAGGUAUAUCCAAAACUCAAAAAUCAGAUAAUUAUUAGUGAUGGAGUCAGGCAAGAAGAAGAAGAAGAAGAAGAAGAAGACAGUGGAAAUGCUGGUGACGGUUCCCUUACCGCCAUCUCUUUUGAACCUCAGAAACUCAUUAUGCUUCUAAAGGAGUUUGCUCAGUUUUCAUAUGGAAAAGCUGAUCAACUAGAACUUUCAACAUCAGUGAUCCAAUUAUCAGCUUUCUAUUGUUGGAAGAGUUCUCAGCUGUCGCUGCCAACAGAGAAUGAUGCCUAUAUAUCAGUAUUGGGGGAGAAGACUCAAUUCAAUGUAUUAGGUCACAAUUCACUUCCAGUAACUACAGAUGAGAAGCUGGUGCAGAAAUCUAAAAGUAAAGUGUGGCUGAUGAAGAAGCAACGCACAAUUCACACCCGCAGGAAUAAAGUCCUGGUUCCGCCCCUGUGUUUGUCUAUUCCAAUGACUGAUAAUGCAGCAGAAGGGGAAGCUAGUGGUUUGGUUUCUUUACCUUCCAUGAGUGAGAAUACAUCAGAAGGGGAAACUAGCAGUAAAUUGAUUUUGCAAUCUUCUAAUGAGAAUCCAGGGGAAGUUGAUGGUAUAGCGGAUGAAGAUGUGACUGCAGUCAGUGAAGCUGCACUUCCAGUAACUAAGGAUGAGAAAUUGGUGCGGAAAUCAGAAAAUAAAGAUUACUCAUUGCACAAGUGUAAGCACAUGUCUGAGUGCAGUAUGAAUUCGAGUGAAAAAGAGAAAACAUCAUCAGAUUUAAAGGCUCAUAAGUGUUUGUCUACUCCAAUUUGUCAGAAUGGAUCAGAAGGGAAAGCAGGCAGUAAAUUGACUUUACAGUCCUGUGUAAAGCGCAAGGCAGUUGAUGUUAUAGCUGAUGACUUUGUGCUGAAACAUAGGAAAAGUGAUUCAUCAACGAGGACUAAAGAUGCACUUCCGCUAACUAAGGAUGAGAUGUUGGUGAGGAAAUCAGAAAGUAAAAAUAACUCGAUGCAUAAGUGCAAGAACAUAUGUGGAGAUAUGAUGAAUCCAAGUGAAGAACAGAAAAGUUUAUCGGAUUUAAAUGGUGGGAAGUGUUUGUCUCCAACAAGUGAGUAUGGAUUUCCUUCUGAUCGUACAUUGACUUUGCACCCCUCUAGUAAUAUACGAAAGGAAGUCGAUCCUAUUCCUAUAGCUGAUGACUGUGCACUAAAAGAUUGGGAAAGCAAUUUAUCAGCAGGGGAUGUUGAGCAGUCUUUUGGAGUUGCAGAUUUUAUUAACUUGUUUCUACAGAGGGAGCACAUUUUUGGAGCCGGAGAAAGGAUCUGUCUGGUUGAAUGAAACUGUGUGAGAUCAAGAUCGUACAUCUCUCACCAUUAUAUAUAUUUUGAUGUGGAGAAGAAUGCUGGAGAAUGGAGACGGGAGUCUUCUUUUGUUGUGAUUCAACUAGAUCAGUCAGGUCGGAGAAAGUUUAGAAUUAGGAACUCGUUUCUUUGGAAAUUGAUAAGCUACUCUGAAUCAGGUUAAAACUCCAUAUGGAUCUUGUGACUAAUGAACCUGUUUUUACUUUUACUAAUAGCUUUGUUUUUUGGGUAAACUCGGUGGCCAUUAUCUUAGUUAUUACAGAAUGUAAGAAUAUUGUCAGUACCCAAAAGAGUCAAAGGUAGUACUUGGUUAAAGAUCCAUGAAACUUAACACAGACGAAAUG